AUGUUCUUCAUCAUUCUCAUUUUGCCAAUUCUAGAAAUUCUUGCGCAAGAUGCUCCAUUGAUUGGAAUUAAAGAAGAACCCGCAGAAUUCGUUGGUGUUGGCCUACGCUCAGACGCUCAAUCACCACAAAUUGAGAAACGACGCGUCUCGAAAACUUCCGAAGAAUCUCGUCCAGCUGAUGCGAGGUCUGAUUACUGCGAAGAGCACAGCGAUCAAUAUCGAAACUAUUGCGCCAACUUCUGGGCAGAUCGACCACAACGAGUUCAAGAUGUUCUUUUCACAUUCUGUCCAGCAUACGAAAACAAAUGUCUUCGACGAUUAUAA